AUGUGGUUGAUAAUAAGCGUGAUAUUAGUGGUACUCAUUAUCCGUCAGUUGAUAAGUAGGAUUAUCCCGAAGUUUCUUCUUGUAUCUCACAAGAAUUUGACAGAUCAAAUCAACAAUAAUGAUAUUUCAAAUAUUAAACAUCGAAAAUCAAGUACUCGUCGUCAAUUGAUACUUACAAGUGAAAAUCCAUCAUAUUAUACCAAUUAUUUAAGUAAUAAAAUAACAAUAAAUCCCAAUGACAAACAAACCCCAAGAUUCGAUGAAUCCUUCCCUAAUAAAACCAUACAUGGAUUCUUUCAUCCAUAUGCAAAUAAUGGAGGAGGUGGUGAACGAGUACUUUGGCAAGCUGUCAAGGCUACCUUAUUAGCUCGAUCAGAAAAUAUUGUAGUCAUAUAUACGACGAAUAUUGAAUCACUGCCAGAAGAAAUUUUGCGUAAAGCUGGAGAUAAGUUUCAAAUUUCAGAUAUGGAUUCAACCAGAAUUGUAUUUCUUUAUUUAAAAAGAUUUGCAAAUUUAAUUGAUGGGAAUUAUUGGAAGAGGUUUACAUUAGUUGGACAAUUGUUGGGAAGUGUAUUAUUAGCUGGAGAAGCUUUAUUUGCACUUUCACCUGAUGUAUGGAUAGAUACUAUGGGACUUCCAGGUAGUUAUUUGAUUAUGGCAUUACUUUUCAAAGGUCCAAUUUUGGCAUAUAAUCAUUAUCCAAUUAUUCAAAAUGAUAUGUUUAAUAAAUUGAAAUUUAAGAAAUUUGAUGAUUUAAAUAAAUUAAGAUUAAGUGUACGGGAUUUUUUUGAAUUGGGGAAAUUUAUUUAUUGGUCAAUAUUAUAUUAUUUUUAUGUAUAUUUGGGUUCAAUGGUAGAUAUUGGGUUAGCUAAUGGAACUUGGACAUUUAAUCAUUUACAAGAUAUAUGGUAUUUGAAUCUGGCUUUAGGUCAUAAAUUAGAAAUAUUAUAUCCACCUUGUGGAACCGAAUUCUUGACUACAAAUACUGAUCCAACUGUUCCUCGGGAGAAUAAAUUAUUAUACUUGGCUCAAUUCAGACCUGAAAAGCGUCAUUCUUUAAUAUUGAAAGAGUAUCAGGAGUUCUUAUCUUCUAAUUUCCCCAAUGUUUCCAAACCAACCGAGCAAAUCCCAACUAUUGUAUUUGCUGGUUCAUGUAGAACCAAAGAUGAUACUGCUACCCUCAAUAAUUUGAAAGACGAGGUUUCAAAAUUGAAAUUGGAUAAUUUUGUCGAAUUUGCCAUUGAUAUUUCUUAUGAUGAAGUUGUUUCUUGGUUAUCAAGAUGUAAAUUCGGACUCAAUGCCAUGUGGAAUGAACAUUUUGGAAUUGGAGUGGUCGAAUAUAUGGCAAGAGGAGCUAUUCCAAUUGUACAUGCCUCGGCUGGACCAUUGAUGGAUAUUGUUACUGGUAGUCAAACGAUUGAUUGGCAUAAUGAUUCUGGAUUCUUUUUCAAGAGUAUGGAUGAUCCCGAUCUUGAUCCAAGUAUUCAAGAUAAGGAAGAAACUGAAGGAUAUAUCAAUUUUGAAAUUGUGAAAGGUGAUCAAAUUGUGAAAUUUCCUACUUUUAAAACUCUCUUGACUGAAUUAUAUGUGAAUAAUACUGAAUCGAUUAGUGAAGAUAGACUUAAUAAGAUGAGACUUAACGGACAAGAAGUUGUGAAACAGAAGUUUUCAAAUAAGGUAUUUACAGAGAAAUGGAUUGAAUAUAUGAAUGAGAUACAAGAGUUAUAUACAAUUUAUAGAGAAGAAAGGAAUAUGUAA